CAUCAUCAUCAUCAUCAUCGAUUUAAAUCUAUUUUUUAAAAAAUUAAAAUGUGAUAAAUCCUCUGUGUCUGUGUUUGAGUGUUUUGCAGUAAAAUUCCAUUCCGUUUCAUUACAUUUAUAGAAAUAUUGAAAUAGCCAAUCUAAGUAAUUGUAACAAAAUGAAAAAAAAUCUCAUAAUGCAAACAAACAUCUAUAGCAGCAGCAGCAACAACAACAACAACCGAAUUAUCAUGUCAUUUUAUCAACAUUUGACUAUAAUCAUUUUAUUUUCAUAUCUUGUAAUAUUCAAUGGUCUCAUAAUAUUUGUUGAUUGUCAACAACAACAACAACAACAGCAGUAUAGUUUAAAAAUCUAUCCAAAUGUAGCAUCAUUAUCGAAACCAUCGAAUCAAAAAUUUGUCAUUACAUGUAAAGGACAAGGUGGUGAUUCAAAUUUAUUUUCCGAUCUGUAUUGGUUUACACCACAAGAUGAAGAGAUUAAUCCAAUAUUCUUAGAACGACAUCCUGAAUUCAAAACAAUCAAUCGUGAUGGAAAUCUAUUUCUUAGUUUUGAUAAUCCUAAACCUGAACUUAGUGGCACAUAUAAAUGUCGUGGAUUAUUACAGAAUUCUGAAUCAUUGGAAAGUCAAAUUAAUGUCAAUAUAUAUGAGGAUGUAACAUGGGACCAUUGUCCUGAAACACAAUAUCUAAUCAAAGGAAAUGUUGGUGAACGAAUCAAUUGUCGUGCUAGUGCCAAUCCAAAACCAAAUGUCAUAUGGACAAAAGAAGGUCGACAAUUGGAUAGUAAUCCAAGAUAUUUAAUCAAUUCCAGUGGUAUUAUCAUCAAAGAUUCAAUCACUGAUGAUGAUGGUGGUGUGUUUCAAGUAAGCGCAUUAGUAACCGAAACGGGAUCAACACAGGAGAAACGAAUUACCGUACAAAUCUAUUCCCGACCAAUGGUCGAAAAAAUUUCCGAACCACGUUUUGGUAUUGAAAAUGAACAAAUUGAACUAUCCUGUGAAGCGUCCGGUGUUCCACAACCAUUAUACACCUGGUUGGAUAAUAAUCGAAGAAAUCUAAGCUCAGUUGGUGGUUAUGCUGUUGAUAGAAAUACCGGUACGAUUGUUAUUAGUCGGUUGAAAAAACAUGAAGAUGAAGGAAAUUUUACCUGUAUUGCUGAAAAUUCGGCGGGAAAAAGUGAAAAAUCAACCAAUUUACGUGUUUAUCAACGGCCAGAGAUACGAAGUUUUCGUAAUGAAAGCUAUGAUCAAUAUCAACGUUCAUAUCUUGAAUGUCGUGUGAUUGGAAUACCAAUACCGAUGAUAACCAUACGUAAAAAUGGUCUAACACGGCCAUUUAUUCAUGGUGAUCCGGGCAUCAUAUUGGAAGAACGUAUGGAUAAACAUGAAAAAGUAUUAACGUUGACCUAUUUGAAUACGACCAGAGACGAUGAUGGCCUCUACUAUUGCCGUGCUGAAAAUGAUGCCGGAUUUGCUGAAUUGGUUGGACAUUUGGAAGUGAAAUUCAGUCCGAACAUGUCAUUGACUCCAAUGACCAAUGUUAAAACCUGGGAUAAUCGACCAGUCAAUAUGACUUGUAUUGCCGAUGCAAUUCCAAAUGCAACGAUAAAAUGGUAUAAAAAUGGCUAUGAAAUUUUUGACAAUGAUGUAUAUCGUGCACAAUUAUCUGGUGGUGGUAUCAGUAAAUUGUACAUUACACCUACGAAAUCCAUCUACGAUGAACAGGUGUUUGGCAUAUAUCGUUGUGAAGCAACAAAUUCAUUGGGAAAAAAUUACAUCAAUAUACAAUUGGAUCGUGCAACUGUUCCGGGUUUAGUUAAUGAUAUAAAAAUUGUCGAUAUAGCACCAACACAGAUUAGAUUUAGAAUCUAUAAUGAUCUCUUUGAUGGUGGAAUGCCAAUCAAAAAAUUACAUGUCGAAUAUUAUGAAAAAUAUGAUCAAAUUGAUCAUCAAACCAAAGAGCUUCCAUUCUCAAAAUUGGAAAAUGAUUACAUUAUUGAUAAGCUAAAACCAUUCACAAUUUAUGCAUUCCGUUUUUUGGCCGAAAAUGAAGUUGGAAAAGGACAAUUCGGACAGGAGAGGCAAAUACAGACAAAAGCCGAGACUAAACCGGAUAAACCCGAAUUUCAUAAUCUUCCAUUCGAUACGAUAAAUCGUGAUGAAAUUCUGUCGCCUUAUCCGCACAAAUUUACGGUCAUGUGGAAUAUGCCGCCCGAUAAUGGUCGACCUAUCGAAUAUUUUGAGAUUAGACAUUAUCCUAUUCUUCGUACUGAAUUUGGUUUUACACCAUUACAUGAACCAAUUAUCAGUAAAAUAUCUGUUUAUCAUGAUGAAAUGACAUCAAAAACAUUGACCAAAUUAAAAUCCGAUUCAUAUUAUCGUGUCGAAUUACGUGCAUACAAUGCAUUAGGCUAUUCUGAACCGGCCAAUAUUAUAUUCAAAACACCAUCAUCAGAUUUUCCUGAUCAGGAUUAUUCUAUGGAUGAAUUAAAUGAAGGAAGACUUUCAUUUCCGAUCGGCAUGAUUGCCGCUUUUAUCAUGAUAUUUGUCAUAUUGAUUCUCAUCAUUAUGGAUCUAGUUUUCUAUUGUCGAUACAAAGUUGGCGUAAUCUAUUUUUUACGUACACAUGUAUGUAAUAUUAAAACUGAUGAUCAAAAUAAAUUGAAUAAUAUGAUGGUGGCCAAUAUGGAUGACAAUCCAAAAUAUCAAUCCAGAAAUAUAGUCAGCGCAAAUAAUCGACCAACUGUGAUUGAUACAACGAAUGGUCGACCGAUAGAAGUUGAUAAUCCAGCAUUCGAUAGUAAUAGUAGUAAUAAUUAUGCAACAAAAUCACCAAAUGGUGAAAGUACAUCUUUGCUAACCAAUAAUAAUGUUAAUAAUAAUAAUAAUAAUGAUCGUGAACGUGAAAGAUUUGAUCAUCAUCAUCAUCAUCUCAUCAACAACAACAGACGAGAAGGGACCAGGAUAGCGUGGUUUAAUUACGAAAAAGAAAAUCAUCGACCUUAAAAUGAAAUAAUAAUUAUCUGCCAAUGCCAAUUUUUUUUCAAUUCAUAUUUU